AUAUUCCAUAUAUAUUCAAUAAAUUAAAUCCUUAGAACAGGAUUGUACAAAAAAAAUAAAUAAAAAUAAAGUUAGAGAUGUCAAAGGUUUGUACGAUAAUAGCGGUGGCGUUGAGCUGCCUGGUAGUGGUGGCAUUAGGCGUGCCCCCACUAAAUUUCAACAAUGAUGUCACAAUGUAUUUUGGGAAUCAUCUUGGGCAAGUGCAAGACAACGGCAACACGAUGGCCCUGAAUCUUGACCAACAAACUGGUUCUGGUUUCAAUACCAAAAAUGAGUACAUUUUCGGGAGAUUCGACAUGCAACUGAAGCUUAUGAAAGGUUUCUCGGCUGGCACUGUGACCACCUUCUAUCUAACAUCACCUAUAGGGCAAGCCCACGAUGAAGUCGACUUUGAAUUCUUAGGGAAUGCUACUUUUCAACCUUUCACAGUCCAUACCAAUGUAUUUUCUGAGGGAAAAGGUAACAGGGAACAACAGUUCCAUCUGUGGUUCGACCCAACAGCCGAAUUUCACACUUACACUAUUCUCUGGAACUCACAAAGAAUCAUUUGGAUGGUGGAUAACAUUCCGAUUAGAGUAUUCGAGAAUCAAGAGAGCAUUGGGGUUCCAUUCCCAAAGACGAAGCCCCAGAGAAUAUUCUGCAGCUUGUGGGAAGCGAGUGCAUGGGCAACCCAGGGAGGAAAUGUGAAGGUAGAUUGGUCGCGCGCUCCUUUCACUGCCCACUACAAAAACUUCGUUGUGGACGCUUGUGUUAUAACAAAUGGAGCUUCCUCUUGCGCCAAUAAUAAGCAGCCAUGGCAAACCUACACGCUUGAUGCUGAUGCUAAGGCUAAACUCCAAAAUGUACAAAAAAAGAAUAUGAUCUACAAUUAUUGCACUGACACCAAGCGUUUCGCCCAGGGAUUGCCCCCUGAAUGCAAACCCGCACAGGAGCAUCCAAGUGCCUAGACCCAUCCAGAUGGAUUCGAUAAUAAGAAGCUAGAGAUCGAUGAGAUUCAUUAUUGAUCCAAUUCAUUUUUUCUUUAUUCUUUAUUUCUCAUUUAAUUUUAAUUUUGUAGUACACUACACUUAGCUAACUACAUUAUAUUGUAAUCCACUCAUAUUCCAUGUAAUGUAUGGAUUGCACCAAUUAAUUAAUUAUUAAACAUUUUUCUUC